AUGGCGGUAUUAAACAAAUCUCCGGUAUCACGGCUUUUCGCUACUCCACACCUCCUCCUUGUGGUACUACUUCUGCUAUCUGUCACGCUAUGUCGUGCCCAGUUACACUUCUACGUGGCAGCAGGCUCCCGAAGAUGUUUCUACCGUGAGUUGACGGCAAACACGCUACUCAUAGGCAAGUUCAAGAUGGACAUACUUGAUCCGGCCACCAACACAUACAGACCGCCCCGAGACCGGUCUAAUACAGGAGUCUUGGUAGACGUCGAGGAAACCUUUGACUCUGAUCACCAGGUGGUACAUCUGCGAGCUCUGUUUGCAGGGAAGUUCACCUUCAGUGCCCUCGAUUCCGGUGAACAUCGGAUUUGUUUCACCCCCAAGAGCUUCUAUCACCGCCCCAAAAACUGGCUCGGUAUGGCCGCAUCAGCAUUGACGUCCUCGUAUGGCUCAACAGCGUCUCUGGAAGAUGAUGACAAAGAUCCAGACUUUGUGGACACCCGCAUAACUAUUCAUUUCGAGGUGCAUGAUGGUACCUUUCUCGAUUCACCCACAGGUGGUGCCCAUGACGUGGGCUCUCUCGUACAAGAGGUGCACCGUCUCAACGAUAAACUCCGAGACAUCCAGAGAGAACAGAGCUUUCUCCGUGAACGGGAAUGGACCUUCCGCGACCAAUCAGAACAAACAUGUGCCACCGUGGUUCGAUGGCUGUUGGUGGUGGUUGGUGGUGUAAUAGCUACAUGUCUCUAUCAAAUGAUAGCUCUACAUGUAUUCUUCAGAGCAGAAAAGAAAAAGGAGGAAGAAACGAAAAAGAUUAAGAAAGAUUAG